AUGGCGCGUACUAAGCAGACAGCGCGUAAGAGUACGGGCGGUAAGGCUCCUCGCAAGCAGUUGGCUACGAAGGCAGCUCGCAAGAGCGCUCCGGCCACUGGUGGCGUGAAGAAGCCGCAUCGUUACAGGCCCGGUACUGUGGCUCUGCGCGAGAUUCGUCGAUACCAAAAGAGUACUGAGUUGCUCAUUCGCAAGCUACCAUUUCAGCGUUUGGUGCGUGAGAUAGCUCAGGAUUUCAAGACGGACUUGCGUUUCCAGAGUACUGCAGUGUCGGCUCUGCAAGAAGCCAGUGAGGCCUACCUGGUGGGUCUGUUUGAGGACACCAACUUGUGCGCUAUUCACGCGAAGCGCGUGACAAUCAUGCCGAAGGACAUUCAGCUGGCUCGUCGCAUUCGUGGCGAGAGGGCCUAG